GAAUGAGUGGGGGGCAUUUAGAAGAGCAGUAGGUGGGAGUGGAGUCUGACCGCAGAGGGUCUACUGUUUAAGAGAAAGGGACUUCUCUUUUUCACUCUCUCUCUCUCUCCGUCGCACUCCAUCUCUCUCUCUCUCUCUCUCUCUCGCCCCGUACCCCUCUCUUUCUCCUCAUUGGCUGCACAUCAGCCAGCUCUCUAGGUAGACUCGAGUAAACACUCUAAGAGAACAGAGAGGAGAGGGAAGAUGACAGAGCUGUCAGCACUCUGAGAGAUACAGACUGGUGAGAACACUUGUCAGGGCUGACUGAUAAGGCUCUUCAACGCUGCCUCUGCUUUGGUUUUUCUAGUCUCUGUGUGUGAGGUCUGAAGAGAGAAACACAAAUUUGAUACCUGAGUAGCUGCUACAUCAUCAGAAGCCACAAAGCGAGGGCGUCAUCAUGUGGAUGAAAGGUUUUCUUUUAGGCUGCGUGACUGUGGCCUUACUGCUUCAGCUCUCCAAGGCUGGCCUGGUGAAGAAAGUCAUCCGCCAUCGCAGAGAGGCCCUAGUGCCCAAGAAAACCCAAGAAAACCUCACCCUACCCCACCCAGACCAGCCAGUCGUGUUCAACCACGUCUACAACAUCAAUGUCCCCUCUACGUCCCUCUGCUCCGUGGACCUGGAUUCACCUGGAGGCACUGAGCUCAAACAUAAGAGCGCCCCAGUGGAUAUGCAGAGCAGGGAGCAUAUGGAGCACAUGGUGGAUGGUGACAAUCAGAUCAUUUUCACCCACCGCAUCAGUAUCCCCAAGCAGGCGUGUGGUUGUGACAACCAGCUGCCAGACAUGAAAGACAUCCUGAACAGGCUGGAGAUGCUGGAGUCAGAGCUGUCUAGUCUGAGGGAGCAGUGCAGCAGUGGGGCAGGCUGCUGUGGAGCUCAAAUUACAGGUGAGGUGUCCACAAAGCCUUAUUGUAAUGGCCGUGGGAACUGGAGCACUGAUACCUGCAGUUGUGCAUGUGAACCUGGAUGGAAAGGCUUGAACUGCACUGAACCUGAGUGUCCUAAUGACUGCCAAGACCAGGGUCGCUGUGUAGAUGGCAAGUGUGAAUGCUUUGAGGGCUUUGGUGGGGAUGACUGCAGUAUUCAGCUCUGCUUGCUGGACUGUGGUGACAAUGGCCAUUGUGUCGACGGGUCCUGUCUCUGUGAUGAGGGCUUCAUCGGGGAGGACUGCUCCCAGACCAACUGCCCCAACAACUGUCUGGGCCGUGGACACUGUGUAGAGGAUGAGUGUGUUUGUGACGAGCCAUGGACGGGCUACGACUGCUCUGAACUUAUCUGUCCGAAUGACUGUUAUGACCGCGGACGCUGCAUCAACGGCACCUGCUACUGUGAAGAGGGCUACAGUGGGGAAGACUGCGGCGAUCUCACUUGUCCUGGCAACUGUAACAACCGUGGCACGUGUAUGAAUGGCCAGUGUGUGUGUCAGGCUGGCUACAGUGGAGAAGACUGCUCAAAGCUCACCUGUCCCAAAAACUGCAAUGAAAGAGGCCAUUGCUUCAAUGGAAAGUGCAUCUGUGAUCCAGGAUUUGAAGGUGAAGAUUGCUCUAUCCUGUCAUGCCCUGAGAACUGCAGCAACAAGGGCCAGUGCAUCAAUGGAGAAUGUUUAUGUGACAUAGGAUACCAAGGUGAAGAUUGUAGUGAGCUGUCCUGCCCCAAUAAUUGCCAAGACCGGGGCCAGUGUGUUAAUGGGCAUUGCAUAUGCGACAAGGGUUAUACUGGGGAGGACUGCAGUAUCAAGACUUGUCCCAAAGACUGCAUGGGACAUGGAGAGUGUGUGCAUGGCAAGUGUGUGUGCUUCACAGGCUUCAGAGGUAAUGACUGCAGUGAGAUGACCUGUCCCAAUGACUGCCUGGACCGUGGCCACUGCUUGAACGGACAGUGCGUAUGUAAUAAGGGUUUCACUGGUGAGGACUGCAGUGAGAAGACAUGUCCCAAAAACUGUCUAGACAACGGUUACUGCGUUGAUGGCAACUGUGUGUGUUAUGAGGGUUUCACUGGACCAGACUGCUCCAUACUGACCUGCCCAGGGGACUGCCAGAACCAGGGACGCUGUCAGGACGGUGUGUGUGUCUGUGAUGAUGGCUUCAUCGGAAAGGACUGCUCUGAGGUCUCACCACCCAAGGACCUAACAGUGGUGGAGGUCACCCCAGAGACAGUGGACCUGUCCUGGGAGAAUAAGAUGCGUGUCUCCGAGUACCUGAUCACCUACAUACCCACGGCAGCAGGGGGUCUGGAACUGGACUUGCGGGUGCCUGGGGACCAGAAAGUGGCCACCAUUAAUGAGCUUGAACCUGGAAUUGAGUACCUGAUCAGUGUCUAUGCUGUUCUCAACAACAAGAAGAGUGUCCCAGUCACUGCUAGGGUGGCAACACAUCUUCCUGAGCCAGAGGGACUUAAGUUCAAAUCAGUGCGGGAGACGUCUGUGGAGGUACAGUGGGACCCGCUGGAUGUCCCCUUUGAUGGCUGGAACCUUAUCUUCAGAAACACAAAAGAGGAGGAUGGAGAGAUUCUUAACUCUCUCGGCCGUCCAGAGACCACCUUUGAGCAGUCGGGCCUGGGCCCCGGCCAGGAGUACGAGGUCAAGCUGGAGGUGGUGAAGAACAACAAGCGUGGGCCGCCUGCCUCCAAGAACGUUUUCACAAUGAUUGACGCCCCCAGUCAGGUGGAUGUGCGUGAUGUUACCGACACCACAGCACUCAUGACCUGGUUCCAGCCCGUGGCUGAGGUGGACAAAGUCAGCAUCUCCUAUGGGCCCAGCUCCAGCCCUGCUGACCGCAAGAUAGUGGAGCUCUCCUCCACUGACACCCAGUACCAUGUGGGAGGCCUGACCCCUGACACCCAGUAUGAAGUGUCCCUGACAGCUCACAAGGGAGAAAGGACCAGUAUUCCUGUCCAUGAGUCUUUCCUCACAGACCUGGAUGCCCCCAGAGACUUGCAGGCAGUGGAACUGACAGAUGAAAGCAUCACUCUUGAAUGGAAGAACAGCCAAGCUCAGGUGGACACCUAUCGCAUCAAGUACGGGCCUCUGUCUGGAGGCGAGCACAGAGAGCUGCUCUUCCCCCGAGGACCCAAGGACACCACUCAGGCCAAGAUCACCGGCCUGAGACCUGGCACAGAGUACGGGAUGGGUGUCACAGCAGUGAAAGAUGAGCGGGAGAGUCUGCCUAUGACCACCAACGCAGUGACCGCUCUGGAUGGUCCCAAAGACCUGACUGUUGCAGAGGUGACUGAGACCACUAUGGUGCUGGAGUGGAAGCGCCCCCAGGCCAAACUGGACUCCUACAGACUGGUCUACAUUUCUGCUGAUGGUCACAGAGCUGAGGACGUUUUCCCAGGCAGCAUAGAGUCUUAUACUCUGAAAGGCCUGACACCUGGUAUGCUAUACACCAUCAACAUGACUGCAGAGAGGGGCCGCAGGACCAGUGCGCCGGCUACACUGUCAGCACCUACAGAGGAGGAGAAACCUGUGGUGACCAGCUUCACAGUCAGCGAUGUGUCAUGGGACAGCUUCUUCCUGUCCUGGUCUGCUGAGGAUGGGGCAUUUGAGGCCUUUCUGAUCGAGGUUACCAAUGCAGAGACGGGGACUGAGUGGCAAAACCACACAGUGCCCGCCAAUGCUCGCAGCCUCACCAUCUCUGGCCUCUCCCCCACCACCCGGUACAGGGCUACUUUGUACGGGGUGUACAGGGGGGCUGUCUUAGACCCCGUCUUUACAGAAACCAUCACAGACCUGGGCUCACCCAAGGGCAUUCGCUUCUCUGAUGUCACAGAUACGUCCGCCACCGUUCACUGGGCAGUUCCGAGAGCUCGGGUAGACAGCUACAAAGUCACUUAUGUGCCUGCUCAUGAAGGUAAUGCUAAGACACUGAUAGUAGAUGGCUCUGAGCCUCAGACUGUGCUGCCCAACCUGACACCUGGGGUCAUCUAUGAGGUCACUGUUGUUGCCAUCAAGGGUCAAAGGGAGAGCAAGCCUGGAUCUGACAGUGUCACCACAGCUCUGGAUAAGCCUCGUGGGCUGACUGCUGUCAACAUCACAGACACUGAAGCUCUGCUGCUCUGGCAGCCCACCAUCGCUACUGUAGACGGCUACGUCAUCACCUACAGUGCAGACUCAGUGGCUCCUGUGAUGGAGCGUGUGUCAGGAAACGUGGUGGAGUUUGAGAUGAGCUCCCUGAUGCCGGCAACACACUACACUGUGAAAGUAUAUGCUGUGAGGGACUUGUCCAAGAGCACAGCCACUACAACUGAGUUUACCACUGAUGUGGAUGCCCCUCAGGAUCUGGUAGCCAGUAAUAUCCAGACAGAGAACGCUCUGUUGACCUGGAAGCCACCUCGCGCUGACAUCACUGGAUACAUCCUCAGCUUCACGUCUGCAGACGGCACCAUCCGGGAGGUGGUCCUGAGUCCCACUGCUGUGUCAUACAACAUGGCUCAGCUCAGCGCCUCCACAGAAUAUUCAGUCAAGCUGCAGGCCAUCGCUGGUCCCAAGAGAAGCCGAGUCAUCACUACUGUCUUCACCACCACUGGUGUGCUGUACAGACACCCCAGAGACUGCUCCCAGGCCCUGCUGAAUGGCGACACCUCUUCAGGUCUGUACACCAUCUAUCUGGGAGGAGAUGAAAGUCAGCCCCUCCAGGUCUACUGCGACAUGAGCACGGAUGGAGGUGGAUGGAUUGUUUUCCUCAGACGCCAGAGCGGUAAACUGGAGUUUUUCCGCAACUGGAAAAAUUAUACAGCUGGCUUUGGGGACUUGAAUGAUGAGUUCUGGCUGGGUCUGUCCAACCUGCAUAAGAUAACAGCUGGAGGUCAGUAUGAGCUGCGGGUUGACCUGAGAGACAAGGGAGAAACAGCCUACGCUCAGUACGACAAGUUCUCUGUCUCUGAACCACGAACCCGCUACAAAGUCCAUGUAGGAGGAUACAGUGGAACAGCAGGUGACUCUAUGACCUACCACCAUGGUCGCCCAUUCUCCACUUAUGACCAUGACAAUGAUAUCGCUGUCACCAACUGUGCCCUGUCCUAUAAGGGAGCCUUCUGGUAUAAAAACUGCCACCGUGUCAACCUCAUGGGACGAUAUGGAGAUAACAGUCACAGCAAGGGAGUGAACUGGUUCCACUGGAAAGGCCACGAGCACUCAAUUCAGUUUGCUGAGAUGAAGAUCAGACCUUCCAACUUCAGAAACCUGGAGGGAAGGAGGAAACGAUCAUAAAUGAUUUGGAAAUCUCCACCACCUACAACAACAGUACUCUGUCUGGACCCCCAGCUCAACUCACACACCCACCUACCCAGCAGCAACCAAAGCCAAGAGCCCUGCUGCUCCCGCCCUCACAGAUGAGCCUCAACCCCCCACCCCCCCAACCUGGGGAUAUGGUUGUGGAAAACCUGCCAGUGAUGAAACUGAUAUGCAUGUUACAAACUGGACUUAAAUCAAGCCCACACAGAUUCUAAUCACGCACCAAAGAGAGCAAAACAACUCCAUCUCACCUGAUUCUGACCCUGUCUCUAGUGUUACAGCAGCUGCGGAGGACAUGAGAGCAGCUUGGACAUUAUGUUGUGUACAGGAGUUAAUACAGUCUCCUCUUUCAUAUCCAAGCAACUUUUGGGGUAUUACAGAAAGGAUAGGCUGUUUAUAGUACAAUGUGGUCUUGUUUAAGUUCAGGAUCUGUUAAUACAAUGAUAAUUCAACUGGAGUAUCAUAGAGAUUCUGUUCCUUGUACAGUAUUGUACAUGUAUACAGUACUGAUUUAAACAGUUGAAAAGGGAUAUUCCUCAGCUGGCACGUCAGGUAUCUAUCUUGCCAUUUGUUUGUCUUUGUGCAACUUGUCUCAGUGUCACUUCAUCCUCCCCAGAGUCCCUCAUCUCCCAGAGCACAAGCCAUCAUCUGAAAUGAUAGAGAUGGAAAUGAAAAGAGAAAUAAGCUAAUUGGCAGAGUAUUAAACUGUCCACAUCUCAUGUCCACAUGACUGUCAGCAUUUCCAUUCAUUAUGUGAGCCCCUGAAGGCAUCAUGCUUCAGCGACAGUAUUGUGUUUUAAAAAGUAAAGUGUUUCAAUUAGUUUUGUUUCCCUUAUGAAUGAAUCUGAGGCAGGACCUGUAACUCAGUAUAAAAUGAAAUGCAGUGAUUUUUUUUUCUUUUUGCAAAAUGUGAAUAUAGUACAUGUGGAACAACAGAUUGUUAUGUGACAUUGAUGCUUGAAUUAAAAUUAACCAGUUCCAAUUAAAGUCCGGUUGACAUAGUAAGAUCUCUAUCCUUACAUUGAAGAAAAUAAUGUUUGGCAAGGUUAAAACUAGUUACAGUUUCUACCCCCAACUCCCCACCCCCUGCUAAGGCAGGAUACUAAACCACUGACCUUCAAAAGAAUGCCUGUGUAAAUUGUUUUUAUUGAUUUGUUUGUUUAUAACUGGGUGUCCAUCUGGUGUUUCUUUGUAAACUGUAUUACAAUAAAACACUUUGU